UACGGAUGGUGGUGGCCUGCGAGGGUCAUUUCUAGUAAGGGCGAAAAGGCCGUCCCACUUAGAUCUUGUUAAUUACUUGUUCCCAGAGCGAUGAAGUGCAAUGAUGAGAUAAAACGUGCCCCUGCUCCGGGGAUCGGACGCACCGAGGGUCUGGGAAAACCAUGUAAUGAGCAGUGUGACAAGCUCCUGCGGGACACGACCUGGGAGAUCUGACAAGAUCAAAGCUGCAGGAGAAUGGACAGUGAGGUACAGAGAGAUGGAAGGAUCUUGGAUUUGAUUGACGAUGCCUGGCGAGAAGACAAGCUGCCGUAUGAGGAUGUUGCAAUACCACUGAAUGAGCUUCCUGAACCUGAACAGGACAACGGUGGCACCACAGAAUCUGUUAAAGAGCAAGAAAUGAAGUGGACCGACUUGGCCUUACAGUACCUCCAUGAGAACGUUCCCCCUGUAGGAAACUAACACCUGGCUCCCUUUUCAUGGAUGGAUUUUUUUUAGAAUACAUAGGGGCACUAAGGUAGCUCAGCGGUUAAACAUCCAACUCUUGAUUUCAGCUUAGGUCAUGAUCUCACCGUUUUUGAGAUAGAGCUUUGUAUCGGACUCCAUGCUAACGGUGUGGAGUCUGCUUGGGAUUCUCUCCCCCUCUCUCUGCCUCUUCCCCAGGUGCACACAUGCACAUGCACUC